CCUUGCUCACACUUCCUAGUAUUUAUCUCCCCCUGCAGUCAGGGCACUUCCUUUUCCGGUCUCUCUACUGAGUUGAGCCAUGGCGCUCAAAAGAAACAACGUUAUCCCUAAUGGGCACUUCCAUAAAGACUGGCAGCGUAUGGUUAGAACAUGGUUCAACCAGCCUAUGCGCAAGCAGAGACGACGAUUGAAUCGUGCAAAGAAAGCUCGAGCGAUUGCUCCUCGCCCAGUUGCAGGCUCUCUCCGACCAGUUGUACGAUGCCCAACUUUCAAAUACAACACUCGUGUACGAGCAGGACGUGGCUUCACCCUCCAGGAAUUAAAGGGUGCUGCAAUCAACCCCAAGUUGGCAAAGACCAUUGGAAUUGCUGUUGACUUCCGCCGUCGCAAUGGAUCCAUGGAGUCACUACAACAAAAUGUCCAGAGACUAAAGGAGUACCGCUCCAAACUGAUCCUGUUCCCACGCAAACAGAGCAAGCCAAAGAAGGGUGAUGCCACUGCUGAGGAGAUCAAGAUGGCAACUCAGCUGAAGAAGGUAGUCAUGCCAGUGCAGCAGCCAGUCCAGCGUGAGAAGGCUCGAGUCAUCACGGAAGAAGAGAAGAAAUUCAAUGCAUUUAUUGUGUUGCGCCAGGCUCGUGCCAACAAAAGGCUGUUUGGUCGACGUGAAAAGAAGAAGAGAGAAGCCGAAGAUAAAGACAAAUAGAAAUGUUAUGUUGCAAAUGCUGGCAAUAAAAAAGUUUGUGCCACUUC